AUGGUGACAUUCAAAAUGUUUCGUCGCAAUGCGCCGACGAGUGAUUUCCGAUCUCCAGAUGAAAAAGCCUUGGUUCGACGUCUCGACAUUUUCCUUAUGACUUUCGGUUGUCUUUCGCAGGUUAUUAAAUAUCUCGAUCAACAAAAUAUCAAUAAUGCGUAUGUUUCUGGCAUGAUGGAGGAUCUACAUCUAUACGGCAACGAGCUUAAUUUAUUCACAACCUACUUCAACGUCGCCUACUGCAUCAUGCUCAUUCCAUCCCAAAUUAUUCUGACCUACGUGCGCCCAAGUUUUUGGCUUCCGGGAUUGGAAAUUAUAUGGGGUGUCUUGACCGGUUUGAUUGCCAUGACCACCAAUGCAAAACAAGUCUACGUGCUCCGCGUAUUCCUUGGGUUAUGCGAAAGUAGCGCAUGGCCAGGAAUGAUGACACUAUUCAUGUACUGGUAUACGCCGACGGAAUUGGCCAAGCGAAUGGGAUUCUACCACUCCUGCCAAGCUGUUGGCCAGAUGCUAUCUGGUGCCCUGCAAGCCGCGAUCUCCGACACGCUCAAUGGACACGCCGGACUAGCAGGAUGGCGGUGGCUGUUUGUGAUCAACGCCAUUAUCACAGUCAUUUGGGGUUUCGCAGGCUUCUUCAUGAUCCCCGAUCUACCGAAUAGACCGAACCCGCGCGCGUUCUGGUUCAAAAAGGUCCACGGUGAGCUUUCGCUUGAACGGCUCGCUCGCAACGGCCGCGCCGAGCCAAAGCGGAUGACAUGGGCUGGUGUGAAACGUACUUUCUCCGGGUGGGUAGUGUACUUUAUUGCGGUUCUGUAUAUUGCUACAGUACUCGGAACAUACGGAUAUGUAUACUUCUCGCUAUUCCUCAAGUCGCUCAAGAACCCUGACGGAAGCGCGCGAUGGAGCGUCACACAAGUCAACGCUAUUCCAAUCGGAGGGUCUGCGAUCAACGUCGUCUUCGUAUGGAUUUGGGCUCUAUUGUCUGAUUUCUUGCAGACCCGCUGGACACUCAUCAUCGUUCAAGCAAUCAUCGGAAUAAUCCCAUGCAUAAUCAUGAGCAUUUGGACGGCGAAUCCGGCGUCCGUUGCUCUUUCCGCUGCUUAUGCAUCAUACUUCAUCUCGUACAUUUGUCUUGGAACAGCGCCACUCAUUUUCGCAUGGCUGUCGGAUCUCAUUCCUCAAGAUCCAGAGGCGCGGUCGCUCGCUGUUGGUGUUGCCGUCGCUGGUUACUAUGCUAUCUCCGCCUGGUCGCAAGUGCUUGUUUGGCCUGCAUCCCAGGCCCCAUACUACAAGUACGGAUGGCAGUCUGCUUUGGCCUUGUUGGUUUUGGUCAUUAUUAUGACGAGCAUUUUGAGAUUUGUGGAUGUGCGGUACCUCCUGCCACAACGCGAGGAGUUCCGUGCUGUUAUCGAAGAUGACAUCGUUGCUAGCAAGGCCAAUACUUCAGCGGUGUCUCCUAUCCCAAAUGAUGGGCGAAGCCGACAUGAGGGGAGCAGCUCAAAAGUGACGCACACAGCGAAUGUGAACGAGGUGUAA